AUGACCUUUAGUGAGAGGGACGCGAUACUCAAUGAUGAUGAGGAGUGGGUGAAUAUUCCAACGGUGUUGCGCAGUUUUCUUCGUCAGAUAAACAACGAAUUGCAGAAUAAUCGUCUUACCUGUGAUGCGUUUCUUGACGACCAGAAGGAACAUGAUCGUCUGCUAAAAGGGAUUUUGUCAAAGCAACUGGAACGAGAAUUGGAAAUGAAAAAAUCUGAACUGACCAUGCAACAGGAGUGUCAAGAGGUUCAAGCAUCUUUUUCCGAAGUGCUGGGGACUAUUCGCGAACAAAUGCGUCAUUUAAAUGAAGAACAACAACAAAUAAGGGAUCGUAUUCGACAAAUUGAGAACAGAGUAAAUGACACAAUUGCGAUGCAUGAUGAGGUACGCGCAGAGUCAAGCGCCCUGUCUAAAAAAAUUAACCAACGUUCUAUGGAGUUGGAAAGAGAAAUAAACAACAAAUUUAGGGAGUUAUUAGGCUCUGUCGAAGAGUUGAAAACGAAUGUUCGGUUAGUAUCCGAGAGGCAGGAUGCUGGAGUGAGAGAAACCAAAAAGGAGUUGGAAGGUUCCAAUGUGGCGUGGCGGCAACUUGGUGAUGCAGUAUCUGUGGAAAUGGAUAACCUUAGAAUUCACUUUCAACAGCAUGAAGAUGCGUUGGGGGAACUCAAAUCAUUCAAAACUGAAACGGAACGUGAAAUUAAAAAACGCGUAAAGGCAUACACACAUUUGCAUGAAAAGAUUUGUAACAGUCUGGGGAUGGUGAAACAGCUGGAAAUAUCCUCAGAGGAUCGCUUUGAGACUGUAUUUAGCGCGUUGGAGAAGUCGCAGGCCUUGACGGAGAAACUUUCCCAACUUUAUCAUAAAAGAGAUGAGGAUAACAAUUCUUUGAUGACGGUUCUUAGAAAGGCUCAAGGUACGUACAAUGCUUUGACAGGUGAUCUUAAGAAGGCAAUUGAUCUUCGGUUAACCCAACAUGGAACCGAUUUGGAACAGUUGAAUAGACGUAUCCGUGAUUUAUACCCGUCUAAAGACGAGGUAACUGCACUUGUAAAUGAAAAGAGCGAGAGAGUCUUGCCAUAUAUCGAGGAAAUGCGUCAACGAAUAGAGGCCAUAGAGUCUGCUAUGAUAAACAAACCUAAUCCGAUUAUGGAUAUAGAAAACGCUGUAAAUGAACUGAUGAAAAACGAUCGGCAUAAUUACGAACGCAAAUAUGCGGAACUUCAUCAAUUUAUUUCAAAUGAAAGAAGUACGCUUCAGAAUGAGAUUAAAGACAUCAAAACAACUGUAGGAAUUUUGAAUGGCAGAUGCGAACAGGCAAUGCACGCUGUGAGAAGGGUUGACAACAUUGAAGGGGAUGUACAGAGACUGGGUAAACAGGUAAACGAUUACAAUGAAUCCUUGAAAUGUGUGCGCAACGAUAUGGAUGCCUUUACGACUGCCUCGAAUACAAUUCAGGAGAGAUCAGGCAUGAUAUUUAAUAAAAAUAAUAAAAAUGAUCCCCAUAGCAUGAUAUGCCGAGAGCGUGAUGUGAAAAAAUGUGUAACGGAGGUGGAGUUUCUUGAAUUGAAGGCUUCUGUUGAGCGAGAAGAAGAAAAUUUGGGUCGUUAUGCCGCCCAGCUUAAUGAGAUACAGCAACGCACCUCAAGGUUUGAGAACCUUGUAAAGGAGGUUCCUCGAACUUAUCAGCGUUACAUGGAGGCUUUGGAUAAAAAGUUAUCUCCGGCGUUGCUUGAAUUGGAUGUGUUGCAAAGGCGUAUUGCUGCUUUGGAGCUCAGGCAUGCAGCAGAUGAGCCGCAUGAAGUCAAGCGUCAUUCAUCGCCUACUCGUCAUGAAGAAAGUGAGCUUGAAAGUCUGCGACUCAAUAUUCAGCAGAAUCAAGCUUUACAAUUUGCUCAGCGAAAAAUUCAAGAAGUGGAUGUGCGAUUAGAUGGUCUUCAGGUUUUAUGCAACCGCCUGGAGAGAAGAGUGGAAACUUUGUCAAGGGAAGUUGCGGAUGUCUCUGAAAAAAGUUCCUCUAUUCAAGAGGAACAGCACCUGAAAAAAGUUUUUGAAGAUGAAAUGAAAAGAGUUUUUGGACAAUUAAGUGAGCUGAAAAAAGAGAUGCGGUCCUGUGAAAAGGGUGUGAAAUCAAGGGAAAGGUCUCUCCUUGUCCUGAAAUCCGAUAUGCAAUCAAUAAAGACCUCUUUUGAAAGUGUUUCGGAUUUAAUAGUAACAAUGGAGAAGACUCUGGGGUCUUGUAUCACUGUCACGUCGGAUGAAUGGAAGAAAGUUUAUGAGGCUGUAUCCACAUUUUCAGGGUACAAACUGGAUGAUGUGCUACGGAGACUGCAGAAGGAGUCUGAAGCCUUUGUCUCCGUGGAGAGGUUUCGCCUUGUUGAGGAGGCAUUGGCUGAGAUAAGCAGCGAACAAAUGGAGUUCAAACGAUAUCUGGAGCAAUUCCAGGAAUCCGGUUUGGAGAAGGUGCAUAUGAAUAUUCUUCCACAGAGUGGCGAUGACCUGAAUCAACCACGUUUUACGCUCGAGGAGCGUGUGAUUCUAUUGGAGGAGUCUGCACGCAAAAAUUUGACACAAAUGACAUCAAAUACAAAUGACGUUAUUCUCUCCUUUGACAGUCGUGUAAAGUCUCUUGAGGUGGCUGUGGGUGAAAUACGGGCGAAAGAACCACUUCCCCCAACACCGUCAGAACAACUACCCUCUUCUUUGUCGUUAUUAACGAUGAAUGAUGUCCCGCUUCAGAUGGCUGCAAUGGGCGAACGCGUAACCAAACUAGAGAGUUGGAUUACCACCAUGCAUAAAACGGAAAAGGAUGCCGUGGUGGGAGCGGAGGGUUUUUUGCACGGGGAUCGCCUGGCAAGCUUGGAGAGUUCGAUGGUGACAUGCAAACGUGAAGUGGAGGAGAAUUCAAGACUUGUUGCCGUUUGCCAGAGGCGUAUUGAUGAAUGGGCGGAGCGCCUAACAGGGGAUGAUUCGGCGAGAAAAACAACAACUGCAGCGGUUAUUAAAAGUGGUGAUUUUCUGGCGGGUGUGAUGGAGAGACUUCAACGAGUGGAGUCCAAGACGGAGCAAAUAGAACAAAGUGUGAUUGCUGAACAGAAGAAAGAUACUGAGAUGAAAACAAAAAGAUACGUGGAGGCCCGAUUCAAAACUUUAUGGGAGUCUAUUCUGCGUUCCAUCGCACCCAAAGUGGACCGCAAGGAGGUGAAUGAAAAUCUGACGGAAUUGCAGCGUUGGGCAAAGGAUUAUGUCGAAGUUCAAUUGAAUGCAUCUACGCGUGAGUUGAAGUCCGCCAUUGAAGAGUGUGUGAGUAUCACGGAGGUGCGGGAGUUGGUUUUAGGCGCACGAGGGAGUGCUGCAUAG